CUCCGUCCGUCCCUCCGGCCGCGCGGCCAUGGCGCUGGUCACCCUGCAGCGCUCGCCCACGCCCAGCGCCGCCUCCUCCUCGGCCAGCGCCAGCGAGCUGGAGGUUGGCAGCGAUGAUGAACGCAAACUCAACCUAAGUUUAAGCGAGAGCUUUUUUAUGGUGAAAGGAGCUGCGUUAUUCCUGCAGCAAGGGAACAGCCCCCAAGGUGGUCCUCGGAGUGUCCCGCACCCUCACAAACACGCAGGUGAUUUGCCGCAGCACCUUCAGGUGAUGAUCAACCUCCUUCGCUGUGAGGACAGAAUCAAGCUGGCCGUGCGCUUAGAAAGUGCGUGGAGCGAUCGCGUGAGGUACAUGGUGGUUGUCUACAGCAGUGGGCGCCAAGACACCGAGGAGAACAUUCUCCUGGGAGUGGACUUCUCCAGCAAGGAGAGCCAGAGUUGUACCAUAGGCAUGGUGCUACGCCUGUGGAGCGAUACGAAGAUCCAUCUGGAUGGUGAUGGUGGGUUUAGCGUCAGCACUGCAGGGAAGAUGCAUAUCUUCAAACCUGUCUCGGUGCAAGCCAUGUGGUCGGCCUUGCAGGUCCUCCACAAGGCUUGCGAGAUGGCCCGGAGGCACAACUAUUUCCCAGGGGGGGUGGCCCUCGUCUGGGCCACCUACUACGAGAGCUGCAUUGCCUCCGAGCAGAGUUGCCUCAACGAGUGGAACGCCAUGCAGGACCUGGAGUCCCCUCGCCCUGACUCGCCUGCACUAUACAUGGACAAGCCAACUGAGCGGGAGAGGGCAGAAUGGCUCAUCAAGGCCAAACUCCGGAGCAUCAUGAUGAGCAAAGAUCUGGAGAACGUGACUUCCAAAGAAAUCCGGAAUGAGCUGGAGAAGCAGAUGAGCUGCAACUUGAAGGAAUUCAAAGAAUUCAUCGACAACGAGAUGCUGCUCAUCCUAGGGCAGAUGGACAAGCCCUCCCUCAUCUUUGAUCACCUCUACCUGGGCUCUGAGUGGAACGCCUCAAACCUGGAGGAGCUUCGGGGCUCAGGCGUUGAUUACAUUUUAAACGUCACCAGGGAGAUCGACAACUUCUUCCCAGGGUUGUUUGCGUACCACAACAUCCGAGUCUACGAUGAAGAAACGACCGAUCUUCUCGCCCACUGGAACGAGGCCUACCAUUUUAUCAAUAAAGCCAAGAAGAACCACUCCAAGUGCCUGGUUCACUGCAAGAUGGGUGUGAGUCGCUCCGCGUCGACAGUCAUUGCCUACGCCAUGAAGGAGUUCGGCUGGUCCUUGGAGAAGGCCUACAGCUACGUCAAGCAGAAGCGCAGCAUUGCUCGGCCCAAUGCCGGGUUCAUGAGGCAGCUGCUGGAAUACCAGGGCAUACUGGAUGCCAGCAAGCAGCGCCACAACAAGCUCUGGAAACAGCAGCCGGGAAGCAGCCUCCCUGCCGGUUUGGAUGGCUCUGCCGGGCCCAGUGAUUUCCUGCUCGGCGGCCUGGAGGACGUGGAUCUGGACCCUCCUUGCCUGCCCACCUACGCGGACCGCCGAGCACACCCUGAGUCCGUGGGCCUUCACUACUGCUUGCGGCGCCUCUCCGACACCUUGCCGGGCCCCCGGGAGCUGUGCUUCCAGGUGGAGGGCCUGGAGGGAGACUCGAUUCUGGAGCAGGCUGGCUCUGCAGCGAGGGACCCGCCUUUCCCGGGGCUGCUGGGCCAGCCGCGAGGGGAGAAGCUGGCAGUUGAGGAUGAGAAGGCGGGCCUGUCCAGCGGUGUGGAAGAGAAGCCCGAGGCAGGACUGCCGAGGGAGGAGACGGUUCCUCGGCUCCCGGUCUCUGAGGAGGGGAGGCCCCUUGAGAGAUGGAAGCGGCGGUCGCUUGAGGAGGAGGGCUGGCGCCACUGCGAGAACCUGAAUAACAACAACAGUAAGAGGAGCUGCCCGGAUGACUUUGAACAGGAAGCCCUGUUUGGGAUCCUCAACAAAGUGAAGCCUUCCUACAAGUCUUGCACGGACUGCAUGUAUCCCUCCGAAACCUUCAGGGAUUCCUCUGAGGUCCUGGCCCCGGAUCCCCCAUGCCACCGCGCAACAGUCUGCACCCAGCCCUUGUUCCCAACGUUUUUGGAGCAAGCGUUCUGCAAGCCUCCUCUUAAGGGAUCCCCGGGACCCAAAGCCAACCGUUUGCUCUCGAUGCUCGUGGGAGACGAGGUGCAGGACAUCAACACCGAUAGACCAGCUUCGGGUUGGCCCUGCGGUGCUUCUGAAAGGCCCAGGGAGGGCCCUGAAACACCAGGAGGUGCCUUGCUUGGCUCAAGACAUUCUCUCUGUGAGAGAGGCCCUAUCUUCAACAACGGGCUAAAACGUGACCCUUUUCCGAGAAAAGAUGCUGGGCAGACAAAGGACCUGAAAUAUUUGCUCUUCAGUAAAGAUUUAGAGAAGCCAACUACUAACAGUUACCUGAUGCAGCAUCAGGAGUCUCUUCUUCAGCUCCAGAAAGCUGGCUUGGUUCGGAAGCACACGAAGGAACUGGAGCGCCUCAGGGGCCUGCCAUCUGACACAGCCGGGCAGGGAAAGGAGUGCUCUGUGGGCACCACCAAUGUGACUAUUCUGGAAGAGGAGCCCCAGGAGAUGGUUGUCCCUGAUAGUCAGCCGUGGCCCUCCCCUGAAGAUGCCGUCGGUGACUCUGAGAAGCUACCAAAGACGCUUCCCCUUCUUGCAGGGGAAGCCUCUCAGAAAACCUCCACGCCUGUCCCCUACAAGCUGGACCACGCGACCAUGUUUGCAAAAGACUUCCUCAAGACCAUCUCUUACACCCCGUCGUCUUCCAGGAGCUCCAACCUGACGCGGAGUUCCAGCAGUGACAGCAUCCACAGCGUCCGUGGGAAGCCCGGGCUGGUGAAACAGCGGACGCAGGAAAUUGAAACCCGGCUGCGGCUGGCGGGCUUGACGGUCUCCUCUCCGCUGAAGCGCUCCAACUCUCUCGCCAAGCUGGGGAGCCUCAACCUGGCCUCCGAGGACCUAACGGGUGAGGUGGACCUGUCGCCCUUGACAGAUCCGAGGGAGGCCAAGCCAAGUGACCCUUCAGCCCUUUGCAACUUCCUUUCCUUUCUGAAGAACCCGGAGGAUGGGGUCCAACCCUUGGCAGAACCGGCCCUGGGGAAGUUAAAGGACACACCCUGGAUGGGAAAAAGCUGACACCUUUGUAGUAUUAUUUUUUAAUGGUUACUGUUAUUUGUUUCUGUACAAAAUGCUAUUUUAUCUUGUUAAAAAAAGAAGAGCAAGUUGCCUUCCAUUUCUCAGGUGGCCCUUCAAGCACAGUGGCAAAAGAGGAGCGGGCGUCUGACAAGGGCGACCAGCCCAAGGAAAAGGUGCACGAAUGGCCUUCCGGCUCGGGAGGCAAUUAUGCAUCUCUCGUGGCCUCUGCUUGACUUUUAUUGGUCAGCGCAGUUGCUAGAGCCAUUCCUUACAUGCCAAAAAAACUCCUUUUUCAAAAGAACGCCAGAGAUUUGCUUUGACGGUCAAGCCAAGUGCUGUUCUUUCUUCUCAAAGAGGCCCUUGUUUAGGGAGCCAAAGGACACCAAUAUGCUACCUCCAUUUUUCAGAUCUAUGUAGAUAGAUAGAUGGACACGUCUGUGUGUGUGUAGUUGGGGUUUUUAAAACAUCUUCCUCUGAAACUGAUGCUUUUCUAAGGGAAAAAAGUCCUGGGUCAAUAGGAUGAUCGCUCUGACCUUGUGGCUCACUCAACGCUCCUGCUUCAGUUUGAAAUGGCAGAGCGUGCCUGAGCAGAAAGCAUUUGAGCGAGCCAUCACUGGGCAGAAUACACCGGUCAGUGUCCCCAUUUGAAGUGACCCAUUGCUGGUGAAGUAGUUAUUUUCCUUACGAACGUAAUGGUUUUCUUUAAGGGUGUCGAGUGGGGUCCUUGGAUUCUCCCUUCCUUCUGCUGUACCUGCAACUUUUAGGAGAUGUUUCUGGUUUCUCCUGACACGUGAAGUGUAAUUUCAGUGUAAUGUUACUGAGUGAGGUGGGACCAGUAAUGUAUGUCUCCUGGGGCAUUAAACACUUCCAUUGAUGAAUGAGAGUAUGGCAUAUUUAUUACCUUUUAAACCAAAAUAGAGUAGUUCAGCUUAAGAAGGUCUGUUUUCCUGAAUGUCCACUGUGCCGUUGUUAAUAUAAGCUGUAGUGCUGUUAAGAAAAUGUCCAGAAAUGGAAUCCUUUAAUGUCAGGCACAUUUAACUGUAGUGAUGUGACAAGUAAUGUUGUUAUCCUUAAGUUCUGGGACACCUGACUGAUGUAUGGACUUUCAGCUUCAGUUUCUCCCCUUUUCCAGAGAAUUAACUUCAACCAAUUGAUUGCGUGGGACAAAGAGUUCCUUAACCGUUCAUUCCAUAUUUUUUUGCCAACGGAAGAUUGUUGUGUUUCAUCCUUCCUGCUUAAUGGACAGUUACAUCCCAUGUACUGUAUCUCAGGUCAAUAUUAUCCUUUAAAAAAACAAAAGUAGACAAAGAGAUGUGCUUAAGCCACAAGGACGUUUUGAAUGUCUAGCAUGCUAUCUCAGAGCUCAGUUCCUCCCUCCAUAAAGUUGGAGAACUUUUGUCAGUUUGAUGCAUGAAAUGGUAGCAUGUGUUUUUUUUCCACAUAUUGGUGAUUUUUUUUAACUAAUAAGAGUGCCUUGCAUAUAGUUUACAAAUACUGUGUAUAUAUAUGUAUAUGUAUAUGCAUACGUGUGUGUGUAUGUAUGUGUAUAUAUAUGUGUGUGUGUGUGUGUGUGUAAGACUUGUUCUGCCUGUUCGUUAGCACUUCUGGUGUUUGUGAUGUGAUGUCAGUACAACACUCUGUGCCUGGUGAUGUUUGUGCACAUCCUGUCCCAUCCUCUGCCUCUAGAUAUUCUGGACUAUAACUCCCGUCCCUCAAAAGCACCCUGACCAGAGACAGUCGUAGCCCAGGACAUCUGAAGGGCCUCCGGUUAUGGGAGACUCAGCUAGACUCAACUUUGCCCCUGGAGCUGUUGUCAGGAAAGGUUUGGGGAGUUAUUAAAAUUGUGUCAAACAAAUCCUCCUGGCACAUUACACAAUAGUUGGAUUAAUCUAUGCAGCAAUCAUGACAGGAGAAGAUUUAUUGGGUUUCUCAAAGAUGGAUGCUUUGAUUUUCCCCAGCUGGUGGCCUUGGAAUCCAAGUCGCAGGUCCGGUCUGAAAUGGAAAAUGGGGACCUUCAAUUCCAGCCUGGAUUAUUCCUAGAAAGGGGCCAUGUUCUGCUGCUGUUUCGUUGUUUUCCUCCCUCUUUUUGCAGUUCUGGGGAUCUCUGGCCAGUGUCACUCAAAGUCCCCAAAAUUUAAAACUUUGGUCUUGAAAUCCAGGAACUUCUGGGCCUGUUGAGGCCCAGUUCUUCAUACAACAAGCCUUUAGUGUGAACUUGCACUGCAGCUAGGAAGAGGGACCCUGAAACAAUGGUGAAAGAUAUUUUUCCGAAAGAAAUGAAGGUGGGAAUAGCUCACCCAUUACUAAUAUGAAGACACAGACACCCUGAUCUGCAUUGUUCUCCAUUUCUUGUUAUUUCUUGAGGGUGAAGGUGGCAGAUGGACAGAUGUUUUCCCAUGGGCUGGUUUCACAUCGCUCUUGGCAGAUCCCGUCAACAUCUCCCCGGGGUGAAAGAAUCCACACAAACUGCCUUUCCCCAGUUCAUCUUUGUUUCCUCAGUUUUUUUUUU